AUGGCUGUUGUGGAUCCGAUUUCUCCUUUCCCGAUGGACAAGGAGGUUGCUGAGGAGGAGAUUGCUCUUUUGGUUCGCAAGCCUGGCUUCAAUGAUUUGACCAUCGUAGAUAUUAUUAGACACAUGAAUAACCGCUUCAACACCAGUUUCGACUCAUUCAAAUCACAACUGAAGAAAAUGGUUCUUGCGGAAAUUGCAAAAAAAAACCAGGAAGAUGAAAGUUCUGACAGUUCUGAUGAGAGUGGAGAUGAUAGCGACGGCGAAGAUAAAAAGGAAACAAAGGAUGUUAAGAAAGAAGUAAAGGACGAAAGUGAUGAUGACGAAGUUGAUGACCCUGUUGUUCCGAAAAAGAGAGCUUCAAAAGAGGAGACAGAUAUGGCCUCGAACAUCAAGUCAACAAGGCGGGCUGCUGCUUCUGAUGCCUUAAAGUCGAUUCGUACCUCGGCUGGAGGUAGAUUUGUUAAAAAGUCAACCAAAGUCAAGGAUCCGAAUGCUGACAUGUCUGGAAAGUUCGGUCCAAUGACGAAACUCUGUUAUAUCAGCACCGAGCUGCAACAAAUCACUAAAGAUCAAUGGAUGAAACGAUGCGACGUCGUGAAAGUUUUAUGGGAUUAUAUCAAAGCUAACAACCUGAAGGAUCCCAAAAACGGACAGUUUAUUAUUUGUGACGAUGUAAUGCGCUCGAUUUUCAACAAGAAUCGUUUCAAGGGGUUUGGAAUGGCCAAGUUCCUCACAAAACACAUCAUCGGUACAAGUGAUAUGGCUCCAGAUAUGAGGGAAGAAGCUGAAGCUGAAAUGAAGAAGAGAAGAAGCGAAUGGCUGGAAAGACAGAGGCUUAAAGAAGAAGUAAAAGACGACGAAUCCGACGAAGACGAUGCUACUGAAGGCCCAUCAGCCAAGAAACCGAAAGUAGAAGAAGAUGACGAGGAGAAGAAUGGAAAGGAUGACGAGUCCUCCUCAUCUGACAGCGACUAA